GAUUACAUGGUCUCUUCGACUGAGUUGAAACUAGAUAGGUUGUCAACAGCACUCAGUGUGGGUGUCGGUUCAGUGACAUCUGUGCGAUUGAUGAGAAGGAGGUAGCGACUUCUUCUGUCUGUAAGAUGUCGUCACGAUCAAGUUCCCAAAACUACGAGAGUGUGAAAACAAAGAAAGUCGUGAUUGUUGGAGGUGGCUUGGUUGGCGCUUUAAAUGCAUGUUUUUUUGCAAAGCGAGGCUUUCAGGUGGAAGUUUAUGAAGCACGGAAAGAUAUUCGAACUGCUAAAGAUAUACGGGGAAGAAGUAUCAAUCUUGCCUUAUCUCACAGAGGUCGGCAGGCUUUGAAAGCUGUUGGAAUGGAAGACCAGGUCGUUUCCAAGGGUAUUCCCAUGAAUGCCAGGAUGAUCCAUUCUCUUUCGGGCAAGAGGUCCUCGCUUCCUUAUGGGAAAAAAGGCCAGUAUAUCCUUUCAGUGGACAGAGCAAACUUAAACCGGGAGCUAUUAUUUGCUGCUAGCCAGUACCCAAAUGUUAAGUUAAACUUUGAAGAGAAGUUGCAACACUACAGUGUGGAGAAGGGGUUGCUGACAUUUAUCAGACCUGAUAACUCCACCUUUGAAGUUUCACAUGAUCUUGUUGUUGGAUGUGAUGGAGCCUUUUCAACUGUAAGGAAACAGUUCAUGCGGCAAACCAGAUUUGAUUACAGCCAUGUUUACAUCCCUCAUGGUUACAUGGAGCUUACAAUGCCUCCUAAAAAUGAUGACUUUGUGAUGGAACCCAAUUUUCUUCAUAUAUGGCCCAGAAACACCUUCAUGAUGAUUGCUUUGCCUAACUUGGACAAGUCAUUCACAUGCACUCUCUUCAUGCCUUUUGAAGAAUUUGAGAAGCUCACGACAGGAGAUGAAGUGCUUCAGUUUUUCAAGAAAUAUUUUCCAGAUUCCAUACCUCUGAUAGGAGCUGAGGCACUGAAGCGGGAUUAUUUUCAUUUGCCAGCCCAAGCAAUGAUCUCUGUGAAGUGUUCCUCCUAUCAUAUUGGAACCAAGUGUGUGCUAAUGGGAGAUGCAGCUCAUGCAGUAGUUCCUUUUUAUGGGCAAGGCAUGAAUGCUGGCUUUGAAGACUGCAUUGUCUUCGAUGAAUUAAUGGACCAGUCUAACAAUGACCUGUCUAAGUGUCUUCCUGAGUUUUCAAGGCUGCGUGUACCCGAUGAUCAUGCAAUAAGUGAUCUGGCUAUGUACAACUACGUGGAGAUGCGUAAGCACGUGAACUCAAAGUGGUUUAUUUUCCGUAAAUACGUGGAUAACUUCCUCCACUUCUGUUUGCCGAACACCAUUGUGCCAUUAUACACCAUGGUGACUUUCAGCAGAAUACGUUACCAUGAGGUGAUAAAACGCAAUCAGUGGCAGCGUAAGGUAAUCAAUUCCAUGUUACUGGUUAUCGGAGUAAUCACUACAAUAACAGGAACAGUGAUUCUCUUCAAAUACUUGCCCAAAUCACUUCACACCAUGGAGCUGCCGAACUGGAACUUUGGUUUUAAAUAAUCAAAUGACAAGCAAAGUCCUUCUGGUUUUGAAACAAAAAAAAAAGAGAUUACCAUUUCAAUUUUCCUCAGUACAGAAAGUAAAGAUCUGAUAGAAAAUAUGCACUACUCACACGAUUUUAGCACUGCCUGUAAUAAGUACUUUCUAAAAAUCAUUACAUUAGCCUUGUUCUGCCUUUCUCACGGAAUCAGACUUUGUGUUUGCCAGGAGAGUGGGUCAGUUUAUUGGGUAACUCCUGCUGAGCAUUUACUGUCAUUUACUUAUCAUCAUGUCCUGUGUCAAGAAACCAUGUUCCUUCAACAAACUAGAUAGGAUUCUUAAGGUCUGAAAGGUGAGGUCCUCUGAUACAGGUAGAAUGCCACUGCUCAUCUCCUUCAAGAUGAUGGAAGCUGGCAUAGCUGCCAAAUUAGGGUGCUACAAAAUGGCUUACCUGCAUUCUAUAACCACACCAGCAAUAAUGCUUAAAACAAAGAGAAAUACCAGUUAACCAAAGUAAAUAUGAUUGAAAAAUAAAGCCUACAGUUAAAUCCUUGGAACAUGUUUGGUCACUUUUACUACACGAAUGCCACCACUGAUCAACUGAAGUACCUUGGAUAGAUAGACAUAACAAAUUCUACCUCACAUAUAUACUUCAAACUCCCACAAUAAAAAUGGACAGACGCUCUGGAAUGUCAGUACAGUGAAUCACUAAUGAAAAGGGAAAGGUUAAGCCAUGAAUGGAUUUAAAAACAAGGCUGAUGUUUUACAUUGGCUGCAGAUUCCACUUUAUCUCCGAGGCAGACCAGCGGCGAGAUUAGUAGGUUUGGUGAGUUCUGGAUAGGGUGGGAAAGUUCCGGAUGAGCUUGAUAGAGGGAGCAAGAUGUGAGGUUAUGGUAAAUUAGAACUGUUUUAAGGUCUCAAAGAUCUGGUUGGGAGGUACAACAUUCAUCAUGCCAAACUGGUUAAUGUUAGUGGAGAGUUACUCAGCACAGUUUUGUGGUGGGAGCAAACUAACUGGAUGGAUUAAAUUGUGAAUUUUUCACAACUAAGUAUUGGAUAAGUAGUCUGACAAGGCAAGUACCAUGGAAAAAUUAAAUUUGUACUUGGAGUGAUGGAGAUUAUCCCGAAUUCCUUUUGGAGUCUUUGUGUUGCAUAUCUGAUCCUCAAUUAGAAAGCUGAAUCAACAGUAGUGUCUGUUAUGUUUGGUAGUUCAGAAACAUUGGAGGAUUUAUUACCCUUGUGGGAUAAUGUCUUUCCUGACGAGGGGUUCACUCUGCUUGGCAGGAGAGAGUUGCGGUUGUGAAAUAGUCUCUGGUUCUGGGCCCUCCUCCGCGAUGGUUGCAUGAGUUAACUCUGGAACUGCAGGAAGGGAUUCAGACCGUUGUAGUCACAUUUCUUCUGGAUGUGUUGGUGUCCUGAACAAUCAAUGGCAAGUUUCAUUGGACAAUGUGGAUAAUAAUGUGUGAAUAUAGUACAUCACACUGCUUUGUCCAUAUGCCAUUUCUUUCUGAUCUGUAUUAAUCAGUUCAGGGGGUGGAGCAUAGUAGCCAGAUUUGGCUAGAACCUGCUAUAGUAAUUGACAAAUCCUAAAAUGGACUGAACCUGUGACAUGUCUUUGUCCUUGGGACAUCCACCACUGCUUGAUUUUCUCAGCACACUUGUACAAUCCUCGUGCGUCAAUGAUACGGCCAUAGUAAGUGAUGCUUGAUUUAAAGAAUUCAUACUUAUUGUGUUGAGCUCUGAGCCCAUAAUCUUCUAAUCUUUUUUAACACCGUCUUGAGAAUUUGGAGAUGUUCCUUGUCAUCCAGGUAACACUGAGUGCCUGGGCAGCCUUUCAGCACCUGGUCCAUAGCUUUCUGCCAGAGUGCAGGUACAGAUGCUACCCCAAAAAUAAGCCUAUUGUAGUGCUAAAGCCUUGUGAGUGUUUAUGGUGAAAAACUUUAUGGACUCUUCUUCCAUCUCUGUGUAGGUAGGCCUCAGCUAAAUCCACGUUGCUGAAGUGUUUCCCUCCAGAAAGGUUUGCAAAGAUAUCCUCCAUCCUAGACAGAGGAUAUUGAUCUACUUUCAAGACUGGGUUAAUUGUGACCUUAAAAUCACCACACAUCUUGACAGACCCAUUCUUCUUGGUUACUGGGGCCACUGGUGUUGCCCAUGGACUCCACUCAACUUUGGAAGGAUUUCUUCAGCCUCCCUGCGAUCUAGCUCACAAGCUACUUUAUCGCGGAUAAGAAACAGGAACAGGAGUAGGCCACCCAGCCCAUCGAGCCUGACCCACCAUUCAAUAAGAUCAUGGCUGAUCUGUCCAUAAACUCAGCUCCAUCUACCUGCCUUUUCCCAAUGAUCCUUAAUUCCCCUACUAUGUAAAAAUCUAUCUAACUGUAUCUUAAUAUACUUAGUGAAGCUUCAACUACUUCCCUGGGCAGAGAAUUCCACAGAUUCAAACCCCAGAACACCCAGGCAGUCUUUACAGCCUUGGACCAUGAAGAUGACCAUCGAGGAGAACGAACAAAAUCAUCUCAACCAGUAUCCUGUCUUUUCAGUCCAUCUGGGCUGGCGUUUAAAUUGACCCAACAAUGGAACAGUGAAAGGCUCCAUGCCCUGGGCUGGCAUUUAAAUUGUCUAAACAGCACGUUGUACCUCCCACCAGCACUCAGGCACUGCUGCUGCAAAAUGCCCUGGGCCUAGACCACGCCACCCAGCAACUCAUUCCAGGCCCAGAUUUUGUUGCUCAGCCCGAAUCUGCUCUCAAGCUCUUCAGAUCAUCUCAGUACCCUGAGCUAGCCAGCUUCACUCUCAGGCCAGUUGAACGAGCAUCAGAACUUCUCUGCCUGGGCCUCCACUUCUCCUCCUUUUGGCACCCAGAUUUACAUACAACACAUCUCCCCCUCUCCCUCAUACAUACGGUCAUUUGACCACAGGAACCUCAUUGCACUUCCAUGUACUAGCUGACAAAAUGUGAAUCCGAAACAUCCUUCAUUUUGCUUUUCCUUGCAUAACUUCCUCUCUGUCCACAAUACCAGCACAACUAUUACAUUCUGCAACACACAUCAAAGUUGCUGGUGAACGCAGCAGGCCAGGCAGCAUCUCUAGGAAGAGGUACAGUCGACGUUUUAGGCCGAGACCCUUCGUCAGGACUAACUGAAGGAAGAGUUAGUAAGAGAUUUGAAAGUGGGAGGGGGAGGGGGAGAUCCAAAAUGAUA